GGUCACUUUACAGCAAGAUGUUGGUUGUCAGAAGUGCUGUGAUCCAGUUCGUUUUAAUGGUUUUACUUUAUUCCUUUCACUGCGUGGAAGGUGUCUUUGAAAGGCUAGUCUGCACCAUAUCUGAGAACUGCGAUUGUGAUUUUAAACCAAAUGUACGAGGUUUGGAAUGGGAUCUGUAUAAGAAUCUUUACGGACAGCAUCUGGCCCAGGACAUCGUGUCAGAGGAGGUGGCAAACUUCCUUCAGGCGGAGAACCCUGACCGGCCCCUAGUCCUGUCCUUCCACGGGGCGUCUGGGACGGGCAAGACUCUGGUCAGCUCCAUGAUUGGAAGGCACCUGUACGGCACGGCUAUGGGGAGCCCCUACAUCCACCAGUUUGUGCCCACCCUACACUUCCCCAUGCCUGAACACGCCAAACAGUACCAGGUGGCGCUGAAGCGCUGGUUAAAAGGGAACCUGACGGCCUGUGCCCGCUCCAUAUUCAUAUUCGAUGAAAUGGAGAAGAUGCCCCCGGGGGUCAUUGACAUCGUGGCGCCUUUCCUGGGACCCUCGCACUCCGUGUUUGGCACCAACUACCGCAAGGCCAUCUACAUCUUCAUCAGCACAAUUGGAGAGGAGGUCAUCAACCGGCUGGCCCUGGAGACGCGGCAGGCUGGCAGGGAGAGAGAAGAGAUACGGCUGGUGGAACUGGAGGACGCCAUCUCACAGGCUGUGUACAACAACAAAAGAAGUGGAUUCUUCCAUUCCAGGAUCAUCCAGGAGAAACUGUUGACCAGUUUUGUGCCGUUCCUCCCCCUGGGCAGGAGGCAUGUGGAGCGCUGUGCUUACAGAGAGCUGUGUCAGCGUGGUGAGUGCCAGCGUAAAGACGUGGUGGAGGCAGUAGGGGGAGCUGUUGUCUACGUGCCCGAGCAGGGACAACAUUUCUCCAGCACGGGCUGCAAGUCUGUGCCAGCCAAAAUCAACUUAUUCCUAUGAGUUGGAAGACAUUUUUUUUUUUUUGCUAAAGUAAGAGUUUCGGAUGACCAGAAGAAGUGGGAGGAUGGAAGGAAACCCUGAAGACUGGUUGGGAUGGAAUUUAAUCCUGACUUGUGUGUUUAACUGAUAAUUGUAACUACAGAAUGCAGACACCUCAGAGUGGAAGUCUGAAUGGACCCUCUCCAGUGGAGGCAUGUAGAUCCUGUCAUUAUGGUCGGUACAGUCAGAGACACAGCUGCAAACAAUGACUCCAUGACUUAGUGAUGCUGAAUGCUGAACUUGUCCGGUGUCCCUAGCCCAGGACCUGGAAGCCACGGGAUGGAGAUGGGUUGCCUGGAGUGUAACUGGGUUUCUACCUCCAAUCCACGGAAUCCUUUUCUAGGGAAGUAUAAUUCAAAGUGAAUGUCCUGCCAUCUUUUACUGGGGAAGUGAGACGUUAUGUAGUAAUGGAGGCAUAGAAGUUGAUGCAUCCUAUCAAUUUCCGCCAGAUUUUAUUUUUGAAACUAAAUCUGUAAUUAGUUGAAAGUGGAAGAAUCAUUCCAAUUAGUGGGAUAAAUGUGACUACUUGGAGAGAGAGUGUGCUCCUCCAGACAGCAGGUGGCAGUAACGGGUCUUCAAUUGCCAAGAGGUUGCCUCAAAAGUUUUUUAAUGAUUUAAUAUGAAUUUUUCUUUUAAUCAUUGUUUUUUUUUUUAAUGAAGAAUGUUGUUUACAUUGUCUGUUAAUGAAAAGAGAGACAGAAUAACUGAGAAAAUAUGAUGGUGUCCAUAAUAUGUGAGGAUGCAUUCAAACCUGAAUGCUGAAACAUCCUAGACCAUUAACUUAAGGAUUUUUUUGCAAUAUUGACUACAGAAAUGAAAAUUCUGGUUUGUAUGUAUAUUUAUCCAGAAAUUAACUGCUUGCUUAUUUUUUUUUUUUAAGGGUCAAAUGAAACUUUAAUUCGUUAAUUGCCUUAGUGUCUUCAUCAGUUAUUUUAAUUUGCUUUUAGAUAAUGUUUGUCAUUUGUUACGCUCCCCUUAUUAUCAUCUAAUAGUUAUUCCUUCCUGAAAGUGACUCCAGAGAAAGUUAUACACCAUCUGUUAAUUUAAGUAGUUUGUCUCUAAUCUGGAUCGUUUUGCCAGGCACAAGUAUGAAAUUAAAUGCUGUUUCUCUCAUCCUUCAGUGUGACUGAAAUGUAUAUUGUUGCUUUGUUAGCGUUAUAUUACAAAAAAGUACAUUUCAUGCUUCAUUUGCACAAAGAAGUCUUACAUUUUGUCAGCCUCAACCUUAAAAGUGUUUUUUGAUGAGUGUGUUCUAAUAUAAUUCCCCCUCAAUGUUCUUUGCGUCAACCCUGAUUCUGGCUGGUUUUCUGUCCACGGUUCCAGGUUCCUUUUAUUCACAAUAAAUAUCUUAGCAACCUUUUACCUUUGGUUUUAACCUUUAACCUAAUACAGUGGCAGUUAAAUGUUUCGUUAAGUUUACGUAAUAUUCAUGUUAGUUGACAACUCAAUCAAAUGUAAAUCAAAACUAGACAAACUGAUGUC